AUGGCAGCAGUGGCACCAGCGGUGGCAUCUACGCCUAUUCCAGAAGUACCAGCACAAUCACAAGAAGCACUGUCACACGCACAAGUACAGGCACAAGCACAGACUGAUGAGUCGUCAGCCAUGAAGCGGCCUCAGAAGAGGGCCGGGGGUGGUCAGGGUAACGGCGGGAAGUGGAAGCCCAAAAAGACCAAGAGGGAGAAGAACAUCGCCGAGGGUUCGUCAGAGGAUAUCAUGAGGAUCGACAUAGAGACCCUGAUUGAGUCGCGGGCCAAGGACUGCACAGAAGAGGUGGAGCAGGAUCUGCCGGCCGAGGGUACGGAGACGGAGGUCGAGAUCCUCGACCUGUCAUCCACCAGCGAGGGACUGGGCAUGCGCGCCGGCUCAGACCAGGUCUACGUCGUCCCCUUCACUGUUCCCGGCGAUAUCGUCCGGGUCAAAGUGUUCAGGCACCUCCUUCAGGAUCGCCACACGAUAGCCGACCUGGUGUCGGUGGUGAAGCCGUCCGCUCUUCGUGACGACGCCCGCGUGCGGUGCAAGUAUUUCGGAGCCUGUGGCGGCUGCCAGUUCCAGAUGCUCGAUUACGACGAGCAGCUCAAGCUCAAGCGCCGCAUCCUCGACAAGGCCUACCGCAACUUCUCUAACCUACCCGCCGAGCUGGUCCCCGUCGUCCAGGACACCAUCGGGAGUCCCCUGCAGUACGGGUACCGCACCAAGCUGACCCCCCAUUUUGAUGGCCCCCCCGGGUCCGGCGGGCGCAAAAAGAAGAACCCUCCCCCUACUUUUGACAAGUGCCCAGACAUCGGCUUCAUGCUCAAAGGGAAGCGCCGAGUCAUGGAUAUCGAGGACUGCCCUAUCGGCACCGACGCCGUGCGCCUGGGCAUGAAGCGGGAGAGGACGCGCAUGAGAGACGAGUACGCCGGCUACAAGCGUGGUGCCACCCUCCUCCUGCGCGAGAACACGAGCCGCUACCCCAAAAAUGGCCCCGACGCAGACCCGGCCGCCAUCCCCGCCCCCGAAGCAGACCCCCCUUACACCACCAGGACCGAGACGGACUCCUUCGUCGACAUCAAGUCGUGCGUCACUGACUCCAAGGCCACCACUACCGAGUACAUUGACGACUACACCUUCACCAACCCCGCCGGGUCCUUCUUCCAGAACAACAACUCCAUCCUCCCCCGCUUCACCUCGUACAUCCGCGACCACAUCCUACCUCCUUCCUCCUCCGACAGCAGCAACAUCAAGUACCUCAUCGACUCGUAUUCAGGAUCCGGACUCUUCACAAUCACUCUGUCCAAGGUCUUCCAACGCUCCACCGGCAUCGACAUCGCCGCCGACUCCAUCGCCAGCGCCCGCAAAAACGCCCGCCUGAAUGGUCUCGGCUUCGACGACAGUGACGAGAGUCAGCGGUGCAACUUCAUCGCCGCUGAUGCCGGCCAGCUCUUCCGCAAUGUCAGCUACAACCCCGACGAGACUGUCGUCGUGCUCGAUCCCCCGCGCAAGGGCUGCGACGAGGACUUCCUCUCCCAGCUGCGCAACUUUGGACCCAAACGCGUCGUUUACGUCAGCUGCAACGUGCACACACAGGCGAGGGAUGUCGGUAUUCUCGUUCGUGGUGAGGGUGAGGGCAAGAGGUACGUAAUCGAGAGUCUACGAGGGUUUGAUUUCUUCCCCCAGACCGGUCAUGUCGAGGGCGUUGCUAUUUUGAACCGGGUGGAGGAGUAA